UUGGUUACUGCUGCGGUGCUGCAGUAUACGCAGUAAAUUAGAGCAGAAGACAACCAAAACAAACUUGUAAACUUGUUGUUCAGUUGUGUUUCAAGAAACCUUCCCAUUUGGAAAUAAAGUGUGGAAAGAACAUCCACGAUGUUUAUGGAAGGGUAUUGCUGGUAAAGAGAGAGAGCUUUCUAGGUUUCAGGAACAAUGAGUUAUUGCUUUCCAUCAAUACAUGCAUGCCGAUAGAGAUGCAAUUCGACCCAGAUCAGCUGUCAACGAAAAGAGCAAGUGUUAAGGCCUCAAAUAGGAAACCUGUUCCAGGUACUCAAUUAAGGACAAUGAAGAAUCCGAAAUUGCAGCUAAAUGAAAAUGCAGCUAAGACACUUGGCCCUAGAAAAACGGUUGGAAGACCACCUGAUGCUUCUCGCUCAGAGUCCAGUGGGACCAAUUCGUUUGAACCUCCAUUUUUUGCAUCUCUGGAGAGAAUUCAUUCCAUCGGAAUGCAGCAAUACAUUGCGGAAGAAAAUUUAUCUACCAUUCCAUUCAAAGACCUGAUCAAGAAGAUUGAACACUUAAAUUUUACUCCUGGAGUUCUGAAGGAUAAUAUCUACAUUAUUAAGCAAGUCUCUCAAAUCUCUCAGAUGUGCACUAUGUCAGUAGAUGUAUUUCCCAUUGAAACCCUCAUUCAAUUUGACAACACUUCUGAGGUUUUCACUGGUUUUGUAGCUCCACUUUGCUCUGAAAUGAAACUGGCUUCUGAGGUAGUGGUAUUCAUGCUCCAGGGGUUUACGGUUGAAUGGAAAUGUUUAGCUGGUUUCAUGUUUGUGAAUUUUGAAGAAGAUGGAUGGGCUGUUUGGCAUGUUUUAAAUCAGAUAAUGUUAUUGUUGGCUCAAUAUGAAUUCACUGUAGUUAAUGUCGUGUUUGGAGAGGGUUGUGGGUUCGAUAUUUUAGAUAACCAUGCAGAUGAGAAUAUUUUCAAAGGAGAUAGUAUAGUUCAACAUCCACAUUUUCAAACUGUUGUUGUCACUUUGGCCAAGGGCAUUGAUGAGCUUGUUCAGAGGAUCAGUGAAAGUUUACUGCAGGAGAAUUUUAUUCUUCCUGAUGAAAUUGUUGAAAAGUUUGAGUUGGUUCAGAAUACUUUAAAACCAGAACACUUGAUGUUCUUGAUUGGGAGUGAAACUCUGUCAGCUGAUUUAAUAGCAACCUAUCUGUUUCAGUGGAAGAGAGAGUUCCCUGAAGAUGAUAAGAUGCCUGCCUUAAAAACGGAAAUAUUUAUCCUCAGAAUGCUUUGGAUGUGGGUUAAUGCAAUGACUUUUGUCAUUGAUGAUGACUCUUCUGGCUUCUUUUCAAAGGAAACUCACAUCCAAACUCUUCGUGACACUGCCUGUAUUUUUGAAGUUCUAGAAAAAAGUCCGGAUUUGAAAUCCGAUGAAUCCCUUUGGAGCAAUGUGCGACGGACCACAUCAUCUGCAUUUUCCCUUUAUGACCACUAUGUUGGGAAAGGGAUUGUUAGUUCCAUUGGAUCCACUACCUUUAGAUGCAUGUCUUUACAUCACCUCAAGGGUCUUGUUGACUGUAAUGAUCUUUCAUCUGAAACACCAAAGCCUUCUAGUGUCCUCCAGUUUCUUCGCAUGAUAAAUACCGCACUGCUAUUACAUCCUAAUUUUGCGGCCAAGGACUUUGAAAAUGGUAUGUUUUUCUCAGAGUAUCUUAAGCACAGGAAAGAGUUUUUUCCAGUGCAUAUUGAGAAGUCUGAAGAUUUGUCUGAUAUCAAUGGGUUAGGCCUUUAUUAUCUGUCCAGUCGAGUAGUGACAAAGUUGGUUAAUGAUAAUAACUGUGAUAAGUGUAAAGCUGCAUUAGUAGCUGAUGAUAUAAGUCCAAAUAUUCCAACAGUGUGGUUAAAAGCUGUGAGAAAGAAGAAUUUCUUUCACCCAACUGUGUCAGUUUAUGAUACUUUACAAUGGGCUGAAAGUCACUUUGUUAACAUUGAUGAUGAUGUUAUGAGGUUGAACAAACCGUGUACCCAGUUUGCAUACAGGAUUUAUGGAGAAAUGGCAUUUAGCAUCAGGAGUACCUUUCCAUCUUGCCAUGACUCGCUGCGCACUUUACUUAGUGUUUUUAUUUCAAUAAGACUGAAAAUGGUUGCUGAAGAUCUGACAAAGAGACUGAAAUAGUCAAAUUUUUAUUCAUCUAAUUUUAAGUUUGUUUUCAUUUUAUUUUGCAGUCUGUAUCAUGUGGCUUGCCUACAUUUAGGCAUUGUUAACGUUUUUGAUUAUACUGUAUUUGUACCAUACUGUAUGCUUGUACCAACUAAAUAAAAGCGCUCAGUUAAAAUGU